GUCGGGUAAACAAGUGCGAAUGUCAAGCAGGUUUUAAGGAAUAUUUCACAGACACAAGAUGAGAAAUUUAGCGAUUUUAGUGACGAUAUUAAUUAUCAUAGCUAUGUGUCAUGCAUUUCUUUCACGGAAGAUACCAGCACAAGCAGAAGGAUGUGUUGAGGAACGAUGUGGAACACUUUGUGGAUAUGAAGAUCAAAAGUUAUUUCCUGGAAACAGUCUUACAGUCUACAGAGACCUCACAUGCCUUCAAAUGAUUUGCACAGAUGACUUUCAUGUCCGAUUUGAACCAUGUCCAUAUGACGCCUCAGGUCGUUGCCAUUUCGAAAAUUACGAUAGGAAUCUCACGUGGCCAGACUGUUGCGGUAUAAAAGUGUGCAUGUGAAGUGUGUAUUUAAACAAUUUGAUGUAUUUUUGCUAUCCAAAAGUCAUGUUUACAAGGAAAAAAAUAAAAAGAAAAAAAUGUUUGGAGAUGACGCAUUAUCAGAGCAGUUUGAGAUGAUUAGUGCGACCUUGACAAUCAUUAAAAAUGCA